AUGGAUCAGUAUGUCGAUGUGAAAAGAGCUUCUCUCUGUGUUGAUACAAUUUUAAAUCAGUUGGGAGGACGACAAUUGGACGUGUCUGAUGCAUGGCGAAAAUGGUUAACGUCUAUUAAUUAUAAAAAGGAUAUUUUUAAUAAAUGGAAUAAAAAUAUGGCGGAUUCCGUAAAUACUUUAGAGUGGGUAACGAAAAUUCAAUCUCAAUUGUUUCCGAUACUUUUGGAAGACUACGAAACGUGCAAUGACGUUUUAAGAGAAUUAGAAAGAAAAGAAUCUAUCGUUAUACCGGAAAUAAAAAAAUCACAAAAUGAUAUCGAAACGAGAAUAAAAGAAGCUGAAGAAUUAGCAUUGAAGGGCGAAGUCCCACCGCCGGAGGAAAAUCAAAAAAUAUUAAAAGAAUUGAUGGAAGUCCAUGAAAAAAAUCAAAAUACUUUGACGGAAUAUCAAGUUUUGGUGCAAAUGCUUCAAUCAUUUUUUAAAAAUUUGGCCGAGGUCGAAAAAACUAUCGAUAACACAAAAUUAAAUGAAAUUUUGAACGGUGCGAAGAACAAAAACGUUCAACAUGUUGAAAACGUCAUGAAAGAACACGAAGUCUACUGUCAAACCGUAACCGAAUUAUUUAAAUUUACCAAAGUCGAAUGCGAUAGCAUAAUUAAUAAAAUAAACGGAUUAGAACCCCCUCACGUGAGACAAAUAGACGUGAACAAAAUAAAAGAAUUUUUCAACAAGAGACAAAAUGAUUUCGAAACUCAAAGCACGGAAAAAAAAUACGAAUUAGAACAGGAGAGACAAUUGUGUCAGUUCGACGAAGACCUUAGAGAAAUCAAUUCGACGUUGAGCGAUUUGAACGAUCAAUUGGUAUCGAUAAGAGGUCAAUAUGGAGAAUCUCAGGUGACGGCCAAAGCAACAUCACAAGCAUUUGUAUUUUUUGAAAAAACAAUCGAGCUUUUAGAACAAAGGAUAAAAACUUUUGUUGAAAGCGGAGAAGAUUUACUCAGUUCGAAUCAUUCUUCUUCUCCGCACAUAGAAAGAGAAUUGAAUAAGAUGAAAGAUAAGUGGAAAGAAUUUUACGAGCAAGUCAAAGAGAGUCGAAGAUUGAUUGAUUUGAGCAUCGAAUAUUAUACUCUUAUCGACGAAGCCGAAGAAUGGUUCAGAGAAGGUAGCAAGUUGUUGGUUGUGAUUGCAAGGAAAACAACACUGGUUAGAAAACCGGAAGAAGCCACGGAAUUGUUAAAUGAAGUUGCUACUUUUUUGAAACCCGGUGAAGUUAGACAAGAUGAAAGAAUUAGAAAAAUUGGACAAUAUGCAAAUGAAUUAUUCGGAAAAGAAAGUUCCAAGCAUAUACUUUCGGUGGUGAGCGAAAAUCGCGAAAUGAUUGAAUCGUUCACGCUCAUCAGUCAAGAACUGAGUAAUCUUGCCGAAAAUUUGAAAGAAUCGGAAAUGGAAAGAGAAAGACUGAAACAAGAACAAAAAGAAAUGGAUGAUAAUCUUGCUGCUUGUAAAGCGGAAGCUCUUGCAGCUAAAGCUGCUGCGGCAGCUGCAGAAGAAGCUAAGCGUGCUUCUGAACUAGCCGCGAAAGCUUUGAAAGAAAUAACAAUCACAACUCAAAUUCAUAAAGUUGAAAUCACUCAAGUCAAUUCGGUGUCUAGCAAAGAUAGAUAUUCAUCUCCUCCGAAAAAAUUAAAAACAGACGACGGAGAACCACCGGACUUUGUCGUACCUUUACGCGAUGCCACCGUGCGGGAGGGUGAAAAAUUUGAAUUUAAAUGCAAAGUGUCCGGUCAGCCAACUCCUGAAAUAAUGUGGCUCAAAGAUGGUAUGGCUGUCGAAAGUAAUCCCGAUUACCAAACUGAAUUUAACACCGAAGAAAACACGUGUAGUUUAAAAAUUGAUGAAACGUUUGCGGAAGACACUGCGACAUUCACGUGUAAAGCCAUCAAUUCUUUUGGAUCGGCUGAAACAAGCGCUUUAUUGACAGUUGCAGACACAGUUAUUGAUGAAAAUCUUACUCCUCCUAAAUUUACCGAACCUCUUAAACCCAUCACCUGUAAAGAAGGAGGAACGUGCGAAUUAUCUUGUCGCGUAGAAGGUUAUCCACUUCCAACAGUUCAAUGGUAUAAAGAUCAAAAUUGUGUGGAUGACGUUCCCGACUAUAUAAUAACUUACAAUAACGGUGAAGCAAAGUUAAAAUUUGAACAAGUUUUCCUAGAAGAUCAAUCGGAAUACACAUGCAAAGCAACUAACAGUGUUGGCACAACAGAAACUACAGCGUAUUUCACUGUCGAUCCUCUUGAACCUACAACCGCACCUGAAAUAAUUCAACCGUUGUCUAACGUGAUGGCGAGAGCCGGUCAAAAAGUAAAAUUAGAAUGUGAAGUUUUUGGAUUGCCGGAACCGGAAAUUUCAUGGUAUCACGAUGGAAAACCUCUCAGAGUUAAUCAUGACAUAAUCACGACCUAUAAAAAGAACAUGGCUAAUUUAUGCAUUUCUGAAACUUUUCCAAAAGAUGCUGGAGUGUAUAAAAUGGUUGCUAAAAAUAUAGCCGGAGAAGCUAUCAGCACGUGUAAUGUUUCCGUAAAAGGUCUCUUACCGACCGAAACAUCAGAUUCAGAAAUGGCGAGCGAUGUAGAACCUACGAAACCUUCGAUACAAUUACAAUUAAAAGAUCAAUCGGUCGUAGAAAAAAAUACAGUGCUGAUGGAAUGUAUAAUCGUCGGCCAACCCGAACCUGAAGUUAUUUGGUAUCAUAAUGACGAACCAGUUAAAGAAUCAGAUGACGUUAUAUUGAUUUUUUACGGAGAUCAUUGUUCCCUCUUAUUCAAAGAUGUUUAUUUGGAAGAUGCUGGAGUUUAUAAAGUUGUUGCCAUAAAUUCAGCUGGUGAAGCGAGCAGUUCUUGCUACCUUUCUGUUUAUCAGGAAAAAGAUGAAAACGUCGAAAAAGAAAAAAAUAUCGAAGUGACUCAUGAAAAUGUAAAAAUAGAAGAAGUUGUUGAAGUUGAAAGCACGAAAGUUGUUGAGACUGAUGAAAAGGAAAAAUCCGAAUCUGAAAAUGUGAAAAUCGAAACGGAAGAUGAAAAAUUAGACAGCGAAGACGUUAAAAUAGAAACGGUCGACGAUGAAAAAUAUGAAAUGGAAAAUGUUAGUUUAGAAAUUCAAGAUGACAAAUUGGAAAGCGAAGGAGGUAUAGUGGUCGAAACUGACAAUGAAAAAGUUGAUGGUGAAAGUGAAAAUCAAAUAAUGAUAGACGAAGAAGAAAAAUUAAAAAAAACUUUACCCAAAUUUACAAAAACAUUAACCGACGUGAGUGUCGAAGAAGGAGAAAAAGUUAGUUUUGAAUGUUGUGUCAUAGGCGAACCCAAACCGGAUAUCAAAUGGUAUAGAAACAAUCAGUUAAUAGGAAUUACGCAAAAUGUUCAGAUGGAUGAAGAUGCCGAUGGCAAUGUUACUCUAACCCUUACCGAAGUGACACCCGAAGAUGGGGGUACAUUCAAAGUAAAAGCAAUCAAUUCAUCCGGUGAAGCAGAUUCAAUUGCUCAACUAAACGUCAAAACGGUUAAACAAUAUGAAAUAUUAACCGAAGAAAAAGAAGAAGAAGAUGAUUCUCCGCCCGUGUUUACCAAAAAAUUUAAUGACGUCACAACUAAAGAAAACGAACAAGUUGUAUUUACGUGCGCCGUGGAAGGGAAACCAAAACCUGAAGUAAAAUGGAAAAUAAACGACGUAGAAAUCACAUCCAACGAUAAUUAUAAAUUAUCGAAUGAUGGAAACGAUUACGAAUUAUGCAUAUUUAAAGUUGGGCAAAAAGAAACUGGAAACGUUUCUUGCGUGGCCGAAAAUGAAGCUGGAAAAUCAAUUUACACGGCUAAAUUAUCCGUAAGGGAUUCAUCUCUUCAUAAAGAAGUUAAAUUAAUUCCGUUUAUCGAACCGAAAAUAACCACAAACAUGGAAAUAUUCGAUUCGUCAAAAUUGACAACGAAACGAGAGAUCGUUAUGGAAUCGAUGACGUCAUCGUCGAGUAACAAAAUAAUUUCCUCGUCGUCGUCGUCGGCGUACGGGCCUUCUUCCGGAGAGCCGAACGUUGAAGUUCACAGUUACCUGUCAAAAGAUGAAACUUCUGUUACUCAAAUCAACCAACAGCCUGUUGAAGAAGUAAAAAGUCAUGAAUCUAAAGAAUAUCAUAAGAAAAAUAAUGAUGUUAUUGUCAACAAGGAAGAUUCAUCGUUAGUAACAACAAAAACUACGGAUAAUCAAAUUGAAGGAUUAGUUAAAUCUAAUUCUUUGCUCAUGUUGGGCCCUAAAUUGGCUCGAAAAAGUAUGGUACCUAAAUUUGUGACACCUGUACAGGGUAAAAUAGUUAAUCAAGGAACGGAUGUUGAAUUGUUGGGAGUUAUCGAAGGAUAUCCGCCUCCUACGAUUACUUGGACUAAAAACGGAGUAAACGUCGAACCGGUUGAUAAUAAAAUUGAAAUAAGUUUCGAAUUAAAUCAAGCGAAAUUGAAAAUAUAUAACACGACUCCUGAUGAUGCGGGAAAAUAUUCAUGCCAAGCUGCUAAUAGCGUCGGUACGGCUACCAGCACGACAGAUUUAAUCGUCAAAAAAUCGGUGUUUCCACCGGUUUUGGGAAAAAGACUUCAAUCUCAAUCGGUUCCCAGAGGAGAAAGAGCGAGAAUGGAAGUUGAAGUUACGGGAAUGCCCGAACCCACUGUUGCAUGGUUUAAAGAUGAUGUUCCUAUUAAAUCAUGUGAAUUAUUUAGAAUAAUCAGUCAGGGUCAUUGUCACACUUUAAUCAUCGACAAAGUAAAUGAUGAACAUUCGGGAAGGUAUACUGUAAAAGCUACUAACGCGGGUGGUAUGACUCAAAGUAUAGCAGAUUUGGUGGUAGGGGAGGAAGGGCAAAGUGAAAAUUACAGUUCAAUCACUAAUUAUCACGAUAAAAUUCAAUCGGCUGUGCAAUUGAAGCCGGAACCUUCGGAUAAAUCAUCAUCGGAAGUUAAAAUGGAAUCUGAAAAAACAGUAAAGAAUUUAUUUGAUACUGAAAAUGAGAUAAAACCCGAAGAUUCCGUUACUGUCACCGAAACAACUAAAACUCAAAAAAUAAUACGUGUAAAACUUGAAAGAGAGGGUUCUCCUGGUAAAAACGAAGAUGAUAAACCGCUAGAACCUAAAAUUGAAACGAAAAUAGAAAAAAUAGUAGCAGUUCAUCUUCCGACGGACAAAACUUCGACGGAAGAAACUGAUAGUUCAUUAAAAGGAACACAAAGUUCUUUAGAAUUUUUUAAAGAUUUAUUGAGUAAAAACCGUGAAGAUUCAUCAGAAAGUAAAACCGUCGAGUCUAAAGUGGAGUCGGUUGAAACGACCUCGGAUUUGACGAACGUUAUUCCCUCAUCCGAACUUUUUGGAAAACAAUCAAAAGUAAUUUCGGAAAUAAAAACAGUCAAAAGUGGAGAUAAUGAAAUGGAACCGACAAUUGCUGAAAGUAUAAUGCUACCCACAACAUUAAAAUUAGCCAACGAAUCAUACUCAUUAGUUAGAGAAGAAAAAUCUUGCGUUAAAUCGGAAUCUAUUGAAAAAAAAAUUCACACCGUAUUUGAAAAACCUCAAUGCGAUUUAAAGCUAACAAUGCCUCAAACCACAGAAGAUGAAAAUCAAUUUGUAAUUAAACCGGAACCUCCACCAGAAGUGGGUUUUAUUCCUGGUUCGGAAAAAAGUAAAAUUUUUGAAGAUGUUUCUCAAAAAGUUAAAAAAUUGGAAGAAUUCAAUAAAGCUGGUUCUCCAGCAGAACCUCCUUCUGGCGGAAUCAGAUUGUUACCAUUGGUUUUUCCAAAACCUGUUCAACCGGAAAUGCCACAAAAAAAAGAAACGGUUGUUGAAAAAGAAAGAGUAAUAGAAACGCUUCCGCCACUUUCAUGGUUAUCAGACGAAUCUUUUUCUAAAGAAGAUAAAGAAGUAUUUCAAUCGACUCAAUCUAUCUCUAUUAAAGAAGAAAAAGCCCAAAAUCAAACAAUGUCGUCCUAUGUUGAGCCUGUUAAAAGUAUACCGCCGGCACAGUUACACUUACCCAAACAAAGAGAUCACAGACCCACAUCUCCUCGUCCCUCUGCGGAAGGUAUAGCUAUGGAAAAAUUGUGGACUGCCAAAAAACCGUAUGAAGAUUAUCAACCGUUAUUAGAGCCUUCUAAGCCUGCUACCAUUUAUAGACCGUCGUCUAGUUUGGAGCCGAUGAGAGCAGCUUCGCCAAGACCUUCAGCAGAAGGUAUUGCAAUGGAAAAAUUAUGGACUCCACACAGAUCUGCUGAUAAUUCACGACCAGCGAGUUCUUUAGGAUUUUCCAAUGUUUCUCCGACACCAAAGCCAUCUCAGGAAGGAAUAGCGAUGGAUAAAAUCUGGAGUCAUAGCCAUAAAGAAACAAGUGUCAAUAAUAGUUGGCUUUCAGCUCAGCCAAAAGAAAAAAUACAACCGACUUAUGUGAAACCUCAACCUGUUUUAAAGACUGAACCUUCUACAUAUUUACCUCAAACAAAUGAGACUACGAAUUACCAGUCAAUGGAAAGUUCAAAAAACGAAAAAUACAUCAGGCAAUUUACAGAAAUCAAUUAUCCAAAAGGACCCGAAAUAAAACCAUUGCCUCCAAACGUUCCUGUCACUCAUUACAUUGCAAAAUCACGCUUAAUUAGGCAAACUCAAUCAAUGGAUAGACACUUGGAAUAUUCUUCUGAAAGUAGUUCAUCGUUACAGCAAAGUUGGUACGACAGCAGUCUUACUCAAUCAAAUAUAUCGAAUUACGAUCUUAAAGCACCUAGCCUAAUUCAAAAGAUACAGGAUUCUGAGAAAACAUCGUACCAAACUUCACAAAUCGCUCCAGGGCCUCCCCCUGAGUUUUGUAUGUCUUCGACUGAAUCAAAGGUGUACUCUCCUAAAGUGACAGAAGUUUCAAGUAACAAAAGUAAUUUUUACCCACCACCUUCAGGAUUUACUCCCGUGCAAUCAACAAAGAAAAUAAUACCUCCAAAAAGGGAAUUGAAAAGAUCGAUUUCUUUGGAAUCAAAACCUUUCGAAAGAUUUCCUGAUCUAGAGCCUUUUCCAUUUAAACCAGAUCCACCGAGGCCCAAACCAGCCAAAUGUCCACCCCCUCCGACACCAUCAAAAUUUGUUAAAUGUCGGUUUACGGAAAGCGAUUACGAAAGCGAUUACGAUUCUCACUAUUCGUUAAAAUGGAGGCCGUACGAAAGCGAUAACGAAGAUCUUAAAUACAGAAAAGUAAAAGCACCGUCUGCAAAUUAUCAACCUAGAAGACCUCAAUCCACCGGUCCCGAGCCUUUGCCACCUUCGAAAUUUGAAAAUCCACCUCAAUUCUCAGGCCCUCCUCGUCCAGUUAUAGAUACGUCAAUGAAAAUAUAUUCACAAAAUGUUACGGAAAACAAAGAGAUUAAAAAGAAAUUGUCGAAAGUUAAAAAAACAUCCCCUCCUAAAUUCAAACCGGGAUCUCCUCCUAAAUUCGUUCAAACAACUCCUAAAAAUAAGCCCGAUUCACCAAAAGCAAAGCAAAAAUUAUUUAAACAACCGGAUAGUGGCUACAUGGCGGAUACAGAUGAACCAUUCGGUUUAAGAAAAACAGAAGAAUCUUCGAUGGUACAAGAAGAUUAUUCAAAACAGACACUUUAUGAAAGUUACUCUUCGAAAAAUUCAAUGGAAUACUCGACGACAAGAAAAGCUCUUGAAUCGAUUCAAAAUUUGGAACCUUUUCCAUAUAAAGUGGAACCCAUUCAAUCAGCACCGAAAAACUUUGGACCACCUCCUCCUCAACCAUCGAAAUUUUUUAAAAGAGAAUUAAAAGAAAGCGAUUAUGAAAGUGAUUACGAAUGUCGAAUUCAACCUGUUUGGAAUUCGGAAGGUCAGACGUAUAAACCAGUAAGACCGGUUUUAACACCUAGUGGAAAACACCAUUACGUUAAUUAUGGCCGAACUCCGACGCCGCCGACGGAAUUCGAUGUUCCUCCUGUUAUGGAAGGUGCGACGAGACCUAAAUUUGAGCCUAUCGCACCCGAAACCAGGUUACAUUCUACAUCUAGUCAAAUGUUGAUCAAACCGAAACCAGUCACGCCGAAAAUCUUAAAACCAGGUAUUAAUUUAAAACCUGGAUCUCCGCCAGAAAUUGGAUUCGCACCUGCUUACCCCAAAGCAGUUGAAACAUCAAAUAUAAUGAGUUUUCAAGAAGAUACGGAAACUAGUCGCAGAAUUGUCAACGUUCAACAAACAACUAGAAUGAUAUCUUUGGAGGGAAAAAAGGAAAAAUCGCAAUUUGAAAGCAAUUACGGAAGUAAUUUUAAUAAAAUGCACUACAAAGAUUCCCCGUUUAAAAAAGUUAAAUCGGUGGAAUCUUAUUCAAAAUCUAAUAAUUAUUCUUCUCAACAAACAAAGGAGCCUGAUAUAAUACUUCAGCCGGGAGAACCACCAGAGUUGGUCUACGCUAAAAUACCAGUAUCCGUUGCGUCAUCAUAUGCUAAUAAACAUAUCAAAGAUAUGACGCAUUCUUUCAAAACCAAAGCUCAGCAAUUUGUCAGCGACGUAAUGACGGAUACCAAAAAACCAGAUAAAUCAAUAUUAAAAUCAUCAUCUCAUUCGUCGCAACAAAACGGAAGUACAACGAAUGAACCGCAUACGUACAGGGAAGAAAACAGGUUUUCUGAAAAAGGAACAAAACAUAUAGAUCCAGAUACUGGACUUAUUUACUUCAAAUACGAUUUCGGAUAUGAAUUUGGCAUUGUGUUGCCAGGAGAAGGAGGAAAAAAAUGCGUGUCUGGUGGUGGGAAUAGUAGUAGUAGUAGUAGUAAACCGGAAAUACAAUCCGCAAAAGGACUGGAAAGUAUUGACUUUCCAGUUUUACACGAGAAAACGUGUAAAGAUGUUCAAUCGUCUCCGGGAAAACCAAAAAAAUUUACUCAUUUCAAAUCGGUCAAGUGGGAUCCGAUGUCGGAAAGCGAAAUGUCUGAAGUCGAAGAUUAUCAGAAAAAAAGGAACAGCUUUCCAACAAAGGGUCCUCAAGUGACCAUACCUGGAAAUAGAUGGGAAUCAUCCCCGAGUCCUUUAUCAAUAUCUCCAAUGUCGAGUAUAUCUCCCAAGUGUCAAAGAUCGACACCCCUUGACCUAUCAGUGUCACCUACCUGGAACAGAAGUAAUACUCCGACGUCCACUACUCCGGGACUCAAUCAAAAAAGUGUUAUGAGUCAAUCGAAGGAACCUUUGUCGAAACCGAAUUUCAUAACCCCGUUAAGAGAUAUAGCUGUGGUCAGUGGACAACCGGCAAGAUUCGAAUGCAUCGUACAAGCUGAGCCAACGCCAAACGUAUUGUGGAUGAAAGAUGGUAGAAUUUUAGACAACAGUCAAUAUCACGAAAUACAAUAUAAAAAUGGAGUUUGCAGAUUGACCAUUUUGCAAGCAUAUCCUGCCGACAGUGGAAAUUAUUCUUGUUCGGCAACAAACAUGUUAGGCACGGCAGAAACGACGGCAACUCUUAUUGUCCCAGGGAAAAAAUGGGACUCAGUCGAAGCCACCACCCAAUUAAAAUUCCUGGGUGUGUUUCCUUUCCCGAAGGGAGGGACGUUCGCGGGAAUACAACCUGAAAUUCGGUCUCCACCCCCUCCUAAGCCAGAACCACCAGGUCCACACUCGUGA